AUGAAAUUUGCUUCUUUCUUAAACGUUUUAAUCUUCAAUACGAUUUUAUUGGAUAUAAUAGAAACUAUUCCAACUCAUAAAGGCUUAGUUAUACAUGCUGCAAACGAUAAAAUGGAAAAGGAUUUCACCGAGACAUUAAAUGAUGAGGCUGAAUCGUCUGUCAAUCCUCAAAUUCAAAAAUAUAAAGAAACGUUAAGACUAGAAUUAAAAAAUACAAAAAAGGACAGAAACAAUGUGAAAGACAAAAAGGUUAACAGAAGUGAAUAUAAUAAAGAAUAUUACCAAAAAAAUAAAGAAAGGAUUUGUGAGAACAAGCGAAAUUAUAAAAAACAAAACAAAGAAAAGAUAAAUGAGACUCAAAGAAAUUACUAUAGAAGGAAUAAAGAAAGUAUAAAUAAGCAAAAACGUCAAUAUAUGAAAAUUUACCGCCAAAAAAAUAAAGAAAGUAUAAUGCAAAAACAGAAAACUUAUGAACAAAAUAACAGAAAAAAGCGGAAUGAAUAUAAGCGAAAAUACCGACAAAAUAAGAAAAACGUUCAAUCUGAUAAAAAUGAAGGAACUUCAUUUGUUAAUCCACAGACUGAUGAUUUCAAUAAUAAAGGUAAAUUACCAAUUGUAUGCGAGGGAGAAGGAAAUAUUUUUAAUCAAGAAGAGGAACAAUGCAAUACUGGCGAGGAUGAGCAAAAUCAAAUCGAGGUAGAAGAGCCGAAUAAAAUUCUUAGAGAAGAAUCAAAAACAAAUCACAUGGAUUCAAAUAAGAAAAUACUUCCUUUUGAUCUGAACGAGAAACCUGAGGAUGGAAUUGAAGAAGAUUAA